UUGCAUUACUUAAAAAUGUAUAUAUAAAGCAACAAUGAGACCCAUCCAAAAGCAAUAUUGAGAGUGGACUUUAGAUCUGAACCAAGUUAACCAAAACUACUGAAAAAGAUUCAUACUUCAUUAUUUACACAAUCAGAGACUUUUAUUCCAUUUAAAUGGCGGCACAACCAAAUGGUUAUGUGAGUGAACUUGAGAAUGAGUUGAUUGAAUUGCUUGAAGUAGUGGUUCUUCCAGAAAUGUCUGGAACCCAUGAGCAAUGCAUUUACAAAGUACCACAAAUAAUUCGCAAAGCUAAUCCACAAGCUUAUACUCCUCAAACUAUUUCCAUCGGCCCUUUUCACAGUCCGCGUGGCUCAAUUAGUGACAACAACAAUUUGCACCAAAUGGAAGAACUCAAACAAAAAUAUCUCAAAGGAUUUCUAAAUAGAACAAAUCUAUGUGUGGGUGAUUUGGUUUCCAAACUUCAAGAAUGGGAAAAUAAAAUUCGAAAUUGUUAUGCAGGGCUUGUUAGCUUUGACAGCAAAGAUUUCUUAAAAAUUAUUAUAGUUGAUGCAUGCUUCAUAAUUGAACAUUUUCUUAGGUACUAUAGUUACACAAAUUGGAUGGAAAAUGAUCCUAUCUUUUUAAAAGAAAGGCUAUUCAAAGACAUUUUUAAUGACUUAAUACUUCUUGAAAAUCAACUACCUUUUUUUGUUCUUGAGGAGAUAUACAAAUUUGCUAAUAUAAAUCUUCAACUUCCAUCCUUUAUUACUAUUACUGUAAAUUAUUUUCGUCGACUCAACCUACAGAACAUAAAUUCAAUAGGAUUGCAUCCAAAACAUUUCACAGAUCUUCUGAGAACAUUUUUCCUACCAUCAUCAUUUGAUUCUGCCCAAGAAGAAAUGGAACAUGAAAUUGAACAUCUAUACAGUGUGAGUCAAUUAUCAGAAGCAGGAUUAGUCUUUGAAGUUAGUGAAAGUAAAUGCUUAUUUGACUUGAAAUUGGAUAUGGGUGUGUUGAAAAUGCCACGCUUUGAAGUGCAUGAUAAAACAGAGUUAUACAUGAGAAAUAUAUUAACAUUUGAAGAAUGUCACUUUUCAUAUCAAGAUUCAGCAUUCAUUUCUCAAUACUUCAUAAUUUUAGAUUAUCUUAUAAAUACAGAAAAAGAUGUGAGCAUCUUAGUUGAUAACAAAAUCAUUGUCAAUUGGAUUGGUGAUGAUAUUGCAGUGGCUACAAUGGUUAACACUCUUUGCAAAAAUGUCGCAAUGCCUAGAUUCAAUUUAAAGUAUCUAUCUUUGUGUCAGAAGUUAAAUGGUUUCUAUGAAAACCCUAGAAACAAAUAUAAGGCUAUCUUUGUACAUGAGUACUUCAACACUCCUUGGAAAAUCGCAUCAACUAUUACUGCAGUAUUGCUAGUUUUGUUUACUCUGAUCCAGGCUGUAUGUUCAAUAUGGUCAUUAGUGAAGUCAUAGUACAAAUAUAAGAAAUAAUGUUACUUUGAAUGGUUUUACCGUUGGAAGGAUUUUCUUGUGUUCAUCUCUACUGGUGUUACUGCUGGAAGGUUUGGAGUGAUGCUUCUUUUGCAUUAUUUGGCAUAUUAUCAUAGUCGUUUGUUAUGGUCUUAUUUUGCUCUGGUUCUUUGUUGGGUAUUGGUUUUUUUUUUUUUUUUGUUUAGUUUUGAAGAAGAAACAACGCAGAGAAUGCGACGUAUGGUUUGUUUGUUUUGUUCCUCUUGUGUACAUCUUGUACUACUUUCACAUUAAUAAAGUUAGCUCUAUUAUUCAGGUAGAUGGCAAUUGCUUGUAAAAAUAUGCUGUUAAUUUAUAUGAAAUGGUGUUUUUU